AUGACAUCCCCAUCGCCAUCCCCCCAGAUUAAAGGCCGAGCAAAAGCACGGAUCUGUAGUCAUUGCGGUCGAGGCUUUCGCCGGACUGAGCAUUUGGAGCGCCAUGUCCGAACUCACACCAAAGAGAAACCGUUCAUCUGCUUCUGUGGGUCUGCCUUUACUAGGCGCGAUCUAUUGAAGCGACAUAAUCGAAUUACUCACCAAGAUACUCUCGCCUCCCCUGAUUCACAACCUGCAGCUGUUGUGAAGGAUCUCCAAGGACCCCACACUGUGACACCUGCAGCCCCUCCGCAGCAAUAUGAUGCACCCACCCGUCCAGUAGGGUCAAUUUCGGGGCCGUCCCCGGUGCAUCAGUGGCCAGCACCUCCAAACGAUCAUGUGUCAUAUCUAUCACAAAGUCAGGCGGGCGGCAUGAUGCCUGGCCAUGCUAAUGCCCCCUCGGCGCCAAACGGCCACCCCGGCAUGCAUGACCCGGCUAUGCUCCAAGCAGCACAAUUACUUCUUCCUGGCGAUUAUCAGACCACUGCACUACCUUACUUGCCAGAAGAUCUCAAUCAUUUUCAAGAAUUCACUCACUUUUUAGAUUCCAUUGGUCUUCCAGCAGAAUGGCUACCUGCUGAAGGUGAAGCUGCUCAAAUACAGGAAAUUGGUCUUGAAGAUGUGUCAAGGCCUAGUCAACCACCCCAAGAGCAACCAAGACCUCGAGGGCACACCCGAGAAGAGUCGCGUGGCGAUUCUCCUUUUCGGUCAUGGCUACCAUCAGUGCCGAGGGGUGAUCAAAGCUUAACCACAAUUUCGGACACAGAGCCGCCGCAUGCCACCAAGUCCUCGGGUUUCAAUGUCUCUGAGGACCAACGAUUUCGACUGGCUGCUUCCCUCGAAGACUUUCGAAAUGUCAUCCCAGAUUUUACCCUUCCAUCUCGCCACACUUUGACCCGUUAUCUCACGUCGUACUUUGAAGGAUUCCAGCCUCAUAUUCCUUUUAUACACAUCCCGACCUUUCGCUUCAAUGAGUGUUCUCCAGAAUUAAUAUUGGCGAUGAUGACGAUCGGAGCCCAAUAUCGAUUUGAGCACCGAACCGCCGAGAAAAUAUUCCACGUAUCCAAAGCAGUUUUGUAUGAGCGCAUGUCAAGAGAGUCGAGAAUUGCAGCUCAGGGGUAUUCGGUACCAUUAGGAAGACCUCCAUACUCGGAAUCGAGAGAGGGCCAGCCCAGGAACGCGUUAGUAGCCAGCUCCUCGAGACAGAUGGAGGUCAUUCGUUGUCUCCUUGUUCUUAUGGGCUAUGCCACCUGGGAACGAGCCGGGCUAGUACAGGAAGCACUUCAGCUUCAAUCUCAACUCGUGCAAAUGCUUCGCGAGGCUACUUUGACUGAACCACAGUCUGACCCACACGCCUCAUCGACAGACUGGUACGAAUGGGCCGAUCAAGAGUCAGUCCGACGUACAAAACUCAUCUCAUUUUGCUUCAUACACAUACAUAGCAUCGCAUAUAAUGCCUACCCGUCGCUCAGGAGUAGCGAAAUCCACAUGCGACUACCCUGCUCUACGAAGGAAUGGAUAGCGCAAAAUGCGACCGAAUGGGAGGCUGCUCAGCGUGAACGAGGGCCUCAGCAACUUUUCUUUCAGGAUGCCUUGACACUUUUACUGCAAAAGUCACGACCGGCAGUACCACUCGACCCUAUUCCUUCGCCUCUGGGAAACUACAUGCUUCUCCAUGGCCUACUCCAGCGAAUUCAUAUCGUGAGCGAGUUGUCGUUACCCAAUGGAAAUCACUCCACUUCUCUUCCAACUGAGGAGUUGAACAAAAUUGAGCGGGCUCUUCGCUCAUGGACAUCCGUUUGGCAACAAGCCCCCGAGUCAAGCCUGGACCCACAGAAUGCGAAUGGCCCUAUCCCAUUCACGUCAAGUGCACUUUUAGGCCUUGCUUAUGUUCGAUUAUCUUUAAAUCUUGGUCCAUACCGACGUCUCGAAACACGAGACCCAUUAGUUAUAGCCUCCGCCCUUUACCGAUCCCCGAAGCCAGAAAGAAGCUACCGCCUCAUCCCGGCAUUGAUAUAUGCAGCCCAUGCUCUCAGCAUUCCGGUGCGGUUGGGAAUCGAUCAUAUCGCUCGCAGUCAAGCAUUCUUUUGGAGUGUGCGCCACUCACUGGCUAGUCUGGAAUGUGCUGUCCUAUUAAGUAAAUGGCUUUUCACACUUGCUGAAGCUGCCCCGGACCAGGCACUCAGUGAAAAUGAAAGUCGAAUCCUUCGGUGGACACAAUGUAUUGUGGAAGAGGCCUUUUCUUCUAUAGACCUGGAUGAUGAAUCCGAUGCCCCACCCAACUUAGAGCCGGCAUCUUUGGGAAUGGCCGUUCUUAGAUUGUGGGCAAGGUUAUUCAAGCGAAAUGCACAGUGGCCAUUUAUAAAUAUCCUUGGCCAGAGCUUGGAGAGAUACAUGUCUAUGAUUUGA